UUGCUUCUCAAGUUUUGGACAGUUCACAGGUCGUCGGGCGAAAGGAUUAGUAGGACAUCUCACUAGAAUAGUAAUUCAGUGCUACGGAAUCCUCUCCGGCAUGAUGCAAGUGCCCCUGCAACGCUGCUCGUGCGUCGCGGCAGUUCUGGUGCUGCUCUGGAGCGGCGGCUUGGCCCAGUUGCAGGUGCAGGCUCAAAGUGGCUACAACUAUGGGCGUCCCGAGGUGGCCAAUGUGGGAGGGGCCACCGCUGGAGGUCGCUUGACUCCUGGACCGUACCCCACGGCCUCGGCCAUUCCACUGACCCCCGCACCGGCAACCACGGCAUAUGGGGCGGGAUUGUUUCCCUCACCUGCGGUUGGAUUUACACCCAGCGGUCAGGCCACCACGGCUUUUGGAGCUCCUGCCGUUGUGGGAGCCAGUAACACCGUUAGCCAGCAAAGGAGAACUUCGUCUGGAGGACUACCUACUCCGUCAUCUCGAGGUGGACCCUAUGGACCACAGACUUCUCAGUACGGUAAUACUCCCGGUGGCUCUCCUAUUCGAGUUACUAGUGGAACUGGAGACAGCGGGGACUACAACGAUGGCGAAGGCGACUACUCGGCUAUUCCGGGUGUACCUGGAGUAGAUUAUCCCAUUUACGCCCAGGUGCCGCGGACCAACUUCGACUGCUCGCAACAGCCCCUGCCCGGUUACUAUGCGGACAUCGAGGCGCAGUGUCAGGUCUUCCACAUCUGCGCCCUUAACCGCACGUACUCCUUUCUCUGCCCCAACGGCACGGUGUUCAGCCAGGAGACGCUGGUCUGCGUGUGGUGGAACCAAUACGACUGUGUCUCGGCACCCAGCUUAUACGCGAAUAAUGCGUACAUUUAUGAUUACUCUGGAGGAAGUGGCGCCAACCUGGGAGCCGCAACCGCUAAUAAUGCCUAUCGUCCGGCUGCCGCUUCCACCACUGCCUUUGGGACACCUGUCGCCACCGCCGGAACCCUUCGAGCGACCGGCGUGCCCCAGGUGGCAGGCUACAAUUCCGGACGGGGGUCCUAUCCUUCGGCUUCGCCCACACCAGUCGCUCCGGCUCAGAGCCCGUAUGGCGCUGGUGCCGUCCUUCGACCCGCCAUCGUCCCAACCACCGGAGGCAGUCGAUUGCCGCCGUCUGGAGCUGCUGUCGGUCUACUGGCCACCGCCGCCGGUUCUCUUCAGGAGAACUCAGUGGCUGCCUUCGGCCAACAGUCGCAGUCUCCGUUGGUGACAGGUGGCAACCGAGAAUAUUUGCCACCGGCCAGCGUUGGACAACGGCAGCGUGGAGGCACCUCUGCAUAGACAUCAAGACCCUGGCGAACCCUGGCUCCUGUACCCGGUUUUAUGGCAUUAGACUUAGCGACCCUAGAUUUAGCCUCUGUAUAGUAUGUUUGGAGCUCCCAACAUAGAUCUGUGUAAUUAGUUCUUAAACCCAUUCUUUAAAA